AUGACUGAAACCGAAUUACAUCUCCUAAAGACUCAGGCAGAAUGUAAUGUGGCAACUAUGCAAAAUGAUGAAAGUUUGAGUGAGUUAGAAUUAAAGUCAUUCUGGUACAAGUUGCACAAACAAGUAUUUGUGCCAAAAUGGAUUUGGUUAUAUCUUUCUCAGUUCUUAACUGUUUUUGAUGAACCAAAAACCCAAUUAAAGAUUUUUGAACUGAGGCAACCAGCAACUGGACCAACCCCAAAUUUGGGCAACUGCAACCGAAAAAAGACUGGACCUGUAAACACUAAUCAUUAUCAGAUUCAUCUGAUGAUGUUGACACUGACUGUAGGCUUGGCAUGUCAUCAUCCGACAUCGCAGAUUGAACUUUGGCAUCAAGAUUCAGAUGUAGACACUUGUGUCCAAUCAGACCCUUCCUCAGAGGAAGUCAAGCCUCCAAAAUGCAUCAUACUGAGUUCAAAUAUUCCACAUCAUCCACUAGUAGCUGCACUCUACAUCAAUGUAUUUAUGGCAGCUGCUGUGGCAAAACUUGAUCAGCUACCAUGA